CACGCAGACAAUCAGGGGUUGGUGUUGCCGCCACGUGUUGCUUGUAUACAAGCUAUUAUUGUACCUUGUGGCAUUACGGUGAAUACGAAACCCGAUGAGCGUGAACGGCUUUUACAAGCUUGUAAAAAGCUUGAAGGGCAGUUAAACGUAAAGGGUGUUCGUUGUGAAGGUGAUUACCGUGACAAUUACUCACCAGGUUGGAAAUUUAAUCAUUGGGAGUUGAAGGGUGUUCCACUUCGUAUUGAACUUGGUCCAAAAGAUAUGAAGACUAAUCAAAUUGUUGCGGUACGCAGGGAUACAGGUGAAAAACUAAUUUUGGCUUUAGAAGACGUCGAGUCCAAAAUCAGCCAAUUGUUGGAAACAAUGCAUGAUAGUAUGUUGGCCAAAGCGAAAAAAGAGUUGGUUAAUCAUACAAAAAUUACAAAGAAUUGGACGGACUUCUGCCAAUUUUUGGAUGCUAAGAAUAUUCUACUUUCUCCAUUUUGUGGUGAAAUUAGCUGCGAAGAAAAAAUUAAAGGAGAUAGUGCAAGAGAUGAGGAGGCGGAACCUGGUGCUCCUGCUAUGGGCGCUAAAUCCCUUUGUAUACCAUUUGAACAACCUGCUGCGAUUACUGCUAGCGAUAAAUGUAUUCACCCAAGUUGCGUCAAUAAACCACAAUUUUAUACAUUAUUUGGACGAAGUUAUUAAUGUAACAUUAAAUGACAAAAAAUGAUGCUUCGAAGAAAAAGUGAAAUACAAUUUCAAGAUAAUCAAAAAGGUUAUACCGUUCAAUAAUGAAUAUUUAACUAUGAAUAAAUUUAUUAAAAUUA